AUGGCAUUUCCCCACCCUGGCCUCCAUCAGUGUUCAUCCAGAUGCUUCCUGGGCGGCCCGACAAACGAGCAGCUCUUGCCGAGAGGCAGGCGGAGACAGCUGGAGCAAAGCUUGCAGACCACCUGGUGGUACGGUGCGGCCGGCAUGACGAUCUUCGCCCUGGUCUUCGCAUGUGUGCCGCUCUACAAGAUCUACUGCCAGGCCACAGGCCAGGGCCAGGCAUCAUCGGUGGGGCACAAAGAAUACUCACCACCUCCAUCCAAGGAUUCUGUGGAUGCCAAGCGCCUUGUAACCGUGGACUUCGCGGCGACAGUUCAUACCUCCCUGCCGUGGCAGUUUGUUCCGCAGCAGCGGCGCGUCGUUGUUGGCGUCGGGGGAGACUGCGCUAGCCUUCUAUCGUGCCAAGAACACCAGCGAGCGGCCAAUUAUCGGCGUGUCCGUUUAUCACAUGAUUCCUGCAGAGGCGGGACUCUACUUCAACAAGCGCCGUGGCACAACGCAAAGACUGUUUGGAUUCUUUCCAGGGCCAAUGGGCUGGUCUUCGGUGCCGGUUAG